AUGCCUUCUGUUUACCGCCUUUUUGUGGUAUUAUUCUACUGCCCGAACCCUAUAACGAUGAUCCAGCCCUCCCCAGACCCGUCGCCACCCUUGUACGUUCCCGGAACCUUCUCUAUGCACCGCUUGUCAGUCAUCUAUCCUAUAUCUAUAGGACUGGGCUGUAGGAGUGGACACUUUGCGAACCAUUCUGAAACCUGUUGGGCUUUGACUUUCACGGCUCAUGCUGGAGAUUGCACUCGUCUCGAAGCUUCCAGAUCCCAUUUUGGCCACGCCAAUGAGGGCGCUGCGCAAACUCACAAAUUGUGGAAGCGGCCAAAGGCUGUGGAUCUGAGCUCACGCUUCUACGCUGACCCUUGCGCGAUUCUGGAUGACUUAGGAGCAACGCACCCACGUCCGUUCCUUGACACGGAAGAAAGAGGUGAGAAUUUGGAAAGACUCAAGCAUGUCUUCAAUAGACUCUCCCCCGAACUGAAGUUCGAGAUAUUCUCGUAUCAAUCCUUUGACGAGCUCCUAAACAUCAGGCUCAGGAUCCGGCAGCUGCUGGGAUCCAUAGCUGCUCUUGUGGAGCUAGAAGCUGUUUUGCGAAAUGGUCCAUAUAGUCAGCCAUUCGAUUGCGAGAGUGAUGAAAAACUGAUGGAGAUAGCCGGUUCUUUUUUCGAUCAGCUAGCCUCCAUUGGCGCGGAUAGCCCCUUGCGCGAGGAUGCCGUAUGCUUUACCAUAGGACGCAAUCAAUGCCACCGCGUCAGCAGCAUCAGCGAAUAG